AUGAACCCGAUCAAACUCAAGCCCGUCGCCGAAAAUAUUCGCCUCAAAAUCAAAACAAUGAUCCCUGAAUUAUCGCAGCAAAAUCCCGAGAAUUGUGCAGAAAGUUUGAAAACGGAGAAAAAUGGGAACAAGACAUAUGGGGGAGAUUUACUCGCGGAGCAGAUAUCUCUCAUAUCGAGACAACUCCCUAUCCCUGAUCCAGACUGCCUACAACAGUUGGGAACGCGCGAAAAAGAGGAUUCCUCAUUCCGCUUUCUGAGGGUGUAUUACGCGACGGGAGUCUCCAAGAAGGUUUUUAUGUUGAAACUACUACGGAUCCAGAAGUUGGUCCGCACACAGCAGCAAUAUUUUUUGUACCCAAAUGAUAUCAUGUAA